GCCCAGAGGAAGCAAAUGUCCAACAGCAGCUCCACCACGAUAUUCUUCCUCCUGGCAUUUGGAGAUAGACGGGAGCUGCAGCUCUUGCACUUCUGGCUCUUCCUGGGAAUCUACCUGGCUGCCCUCCUGGGCAACAGCCUCAUCAUCGCCACCAUAGCCUUCGACCACCGCCUCCACACCCCCAUGUACUUCUUCCUCUUCAACCUCUCCCUCCUUGACCUGGGAUCCAUCUCCACCACUGUUCCCAAGUCAAUGUUGAAUUCCCUGUUGGAGACCAGGGCCAUCUCCUAUGCAGGAUGUGCUUCUCAGCUUUUCAUGUUCAUCUUUUUGAUGUCAGCAGAGUAUUAUCUUCUCUCUGUCAUGGCCUAUGACCGCUACGUUGCCAUCUGCAAACCCCUGCACUAUGGGACCCUGCUGGGCAGCAGAGCUUGUGUCCACAUGGCAGCAGCUGCCUGGGGCACUGGCUUUCUCAGUGCUGUGCUGCACACGGUCAAUAUAUUUUCACUCCCCCUCUGCAAGGGCAAUGCUGUGGACCAGUUCUACUGUGAAGUUCCCCAGAUCCUCAAGCUCUCCUGCUCAGACACCUACCUCAGGGAGGUUGGACUUCUUAUGUUUAGUGUGUUUGUGGACUUUGUUUUUUUUCUUUUCACUGUGCUGUCCUAUGUGCAGAUCUUCAGCGUUGUGCUGAGGAUCCCCUCUCAGCAGGGACGGCACAAAGCCUUUUCCACAUGCCUCCCUCACCUGGCCGUGGUCUCCCUGUUUAUCAGCACUGUAGUGUUUGCCCACAUAAAGCCCCCUUCCAUCUCCUCUCCUUCCCUGGAUCUGGUGGUGGCAGUGCUGUACUCGCUGGUGCCUCCCACAGUGAACCCCCUCAUCUACAGCAUGAGGAACAAGGAAAUCAAGGAUGCCCUUUGGAAAAUGAUCCAAAGGGUGCUCUUCCACUGA